AUGGAGGUGGCUGAUCCUGUCCAAUUACUCAGUGCCAAAACAGUGCUAAACAGGAUCAAAGAGGUUGAGCGUGGUGCAGUUUCGGUCCUCAUUGAGCUACUUCUUUGUGCCUCGGAAAGAAGAACUUGUGAACUCAUUUUAAUAGCUUCGGAUCAACUUUGUGGGUGUGCAGAAGGGCGUGCAGAUUUGUUGAACCAUGGUGCAGAAGUGGUCAUUGUGUCAAAGAAAAUUCUAAGGGUCUCUCUCGUGGCAAGUGAUAGAGGGUUUAGAAUUUUGGCCUCCAUUUGUAGAUAUUCCGCCAAUGCUAGAGUGCUCCAUGAAAUGUUGCAGGUUGGGGCUGUGUCAAAGUUGUGUUUGGUUCUUCAAGAGAAUUGCAGUUUCAAGACCAAAGAGAGGGCCAAGGAAAUACUCAGAUUGCACUCCUCAGUUUGGAAGAAUUCUCCAUGUAUUCCUGUACCUUUGUUAUCUUCUUUUCCUUGA